AUGUUGAAACUCAACCAAACACCACUCAUUACUCCGCCCACAUUCCAUGACCCAAGCCUUAACCCAACUUGGUCUCACCAUGUAUGGGUGGCUACCGGAUGCACCACAGUACUGUUUUCCCUAGCCAACGCCGUCGUCUACGGCUCCACCCAUUCACACACAUGGCUCAAAACCAUCUUGGCUGGAUUCAUCGGCUAUUUGUUCGUUGACCUUUUCUCCGGUGUAUACCAUUGGGUGUUCGAUAAUUAUGGCGAUUUCUCAAUUCCAAUUCUUGGUUCACAUAUUGACACAUUCCGGCGCCACCACGAACUGCCAUGGGCCACCACUAAACGUCAGUUUUCCAGCAACUUACAUGUGGCGGCGCGUAUUAUCACGCAUGUGGUGCCGCCGAUGAAUUUGAUCUGGCAUGACCAACCGGCGGUGAUGGGGUUUGUGGGGAUGUUUAGUGGGGGCGUCUUGUUUGCUGUGCAGAUCCAUGCAUGGGCUCAUGAGAGUAAAAGCAAGCUGCCGGCGAUGGUGGUGGCGCUGCAAGAUGCCGGAGUGGUGAUAGCUCAAUCGCGGCACGCUGCCCAUCAUCGGUCAGGUGACAGCAGUUACUGUAUUGUGAGUGGGGUUUGGAAUAGGGUUUUGGAUGAGUAUAAAGUGUUUGCGGGUUUGGAAAAGGUGGUAUUCUUCGUGCUUGGUGUGCAGCCGCGGUCGUGGAGUGAAGCAAACUCCGGUGGCACGGCGGCGAUGGCGACGCCGGAGGCUUAUUUCGAGCCGUCUCCUCCAUGA